UAACGAUUCUAUAUAUAGUGUUUUUAAAUGUAUGUGCAUUGAAGCAGUUGCAGUUGUGUCUAAGCAAACAUUAAAGCUUUGCGGUAUCUUGGCACAGUAACAUUAAGUUGGGUAGAUGUUAAUGCACAAUACUUUGCCCGUAAGCUAUGAAUUUCCUUAGCCUACAGCAAAAGCCACGUAAACAAAGUGCCGUAAACAAUUGCAAUGGUACACAUUUUAAACCUGUUUGCGGUUUUAUCCUGUUUUAUUGUUCACGAAACUGCAGAAUGUGUUAAUAAUUAGUACGUACAACUCAAAUGUAGAAACAAGUACUAUGAAAACAAUAGGCUACUUUCACAAUACAGAUAUCAGUAAAGUAGUUUGAUGAGGUUCGUAUGUUGUGGUUUCGACCGAGCUAAUAUUAAUCGUGUUAAUAAUUACAGACAAUAAUACAAAAACAAGAUGUUAAUUGCGUCUCUAAACUCUUAAGGAUCGCUGACGGACUCCAAGACGGUCUUCGAAUAUAGCACGAAACAAUAAAAGAGGAAGAGUGCAAUGAGGACUAAUACAGGGUGGAAACUAAUUAUACAACUUGGGACAUGAGCCUUAUGAAAGAGAUGAGUAUAAAGCGGCAUGUUUCAGAGCUGGUAUCUGUAAGGAGAGCUCUGUCCCCGCGAUCGGCGUCUGCCCACGGGAUGCGCUGUAAUUAUUCCGGCGGCCCGGGCGCACAAGCUCGGAUCCUAGUCGCUGUCAGGGGCGGAUCUUAUAGAUGAUAUGUGCAUAGGCGGGGGUGUAAUUCAGGGGUGUGGGAAACCCAACGCAAAACUCCUAGGGAUGAGGUUGGGCGUUUUUUUUUUCUUCUUUCCUUUCUUCCUUCCCCCGUGCCCCUUUUGAUUAAAAUAUAACAAUCACAAGUUCGCUUUUUGGUAGCAGCCCUCGAAACUCCACAGUCGCGUUUUCUGUCGGCGGACAAAAUCCCAAAGCUUUUUGUGUGCAUGCAUAGCCCCCCCGGUGCUUUGGGUUGGGAGAGAGAGUGUGCCAGCAAGGAGGGGAAAGGUUAGCUGAGAAAGGAGGGAUGGUGGACAAUUCCGGUAGCAGCAAAUCGCAAAUGUCCGGCUUGUCCCAGGAGAGCGGUCUGGGCGGGGCCUUCCAGAACACUGGCGUGGCUGGGCUCAAGCUGGAGGCGGUGAUGGAGCAGCUGCAGAGACAGCAGCAGGCCCGCCUGGAGAUGGAGCGCAAGGAGCAGCGCCUCCGCGAGGCCCAUGUCAUGUAUGUCCAACAGGUGGCGGCGCAGCAGGCCAUCCUGGCUUCCGCCUGCGCUCCCGGGGGCCCCUUCCCGGGGAGGGCCGCGGAGUGCCGGCAGGGCGGCGGGGGGUCGGGACGUUCCAGCGGAGAAGGGGCCCGUGACUCAGAGGGGGAGGACGAGGAGGACGAGGAGGCGAUGGAGGACGAGGAAGGCUGCGAGGAGGAUGCAGCCAGCGGGGGAGCUGCACUUGAGUAUCUGCGCGAGCAGAGCCUGGCGCUGCAGAAGGCGACCUCGCGCCUCCCCGCUCAUCCCUGCCCCCCCUACUUGACCCCCGGGCCCCAGUGUGCCACAUCGCCUCCCGUCAGAGUGAAGCAGGAGCCUGAGGAGGAGAGCCGCUCGCCUGCGGGGCCUCCUUCGGCCGCCUCGCCCAACGGACAGGCCGACUGGAGCUACGAGGAGCAGCUUAAGCAGAAUGGCAGCACUACCUGGGCCGAUGAAGCUGACGGUGGGAGAGGAAGAGGAGAGGCAUCCAGAGACUUUGCCAAACUUUACGAGUUGGACAACGACCCCAAUCGCAAAGAGUUCCUGGACGACCUGUUUGCCUACAUGCAAAAGAGAGGAACCCCGGUGAACCGCAUCCCCAUCAUGGCCAAGCAGGUGCUGGACCUCUACAUGCUGUACAAGCUUGUGACUGAGAAGGGCGGCCUGGUGGAGGUCAUCAACAAGAAGAUGUGGAGGGAGAUCACCAAGGGCCUCAGCCUGCCCACGUCCAUCACCAGCGCGGCCUUCACGCUCCGCACGCAGUACAUGAAGUAUCUGUACCCCUAUGAAUGUGAGAAAAAGGGUCUGAGCUCGCCGGGGGAGCUGCAAGCCGCCAUCGACAGUAACCGGCGCGAGGGCCGUAGGCCCAGCUACAGCGCCAGCCUCUACCGCUUCCCAGCCUCCCCAGGCUCUGCGCCCCACAUCCUCCCCUCUCCCAAGAUGCACCUGGCGUCACUGGGGGGCGGGGCCCCUGUGGGACACAAUGGGCUACUGGCGUCACCUGGGCUGUCACUGAAGAAAGGCACAGAAGAAAGCGCCUCCCCGACGACGGGUUCCAGCCGGGCGGCACUGGGUGUGCAUCAGCAGCAGCCGCCGGCGCCCCCAGUGGGCCUGGGCCUGGGGCUGGGGCUGGGGCUGGGCCUGGCGCGAGCCGCGACCUUGGAGCAGCUGCGAGAGAAGCUGGAGACGGGCGACGGGCCGGAGCGCAAGGUGGCGCGGAUGGCGGAGGAGCAGCAGCGGCUCAUGCAACACGCGCUGCAGCACAACCUGCUGACCAUGGCGGCCCACGCCCCCGUCGGAGGCCGGCCCACUUCCAGUCGUGAAGACAAGCAAGACCUGGCAUUAAGCAUCUCCACCAAUGGCAACGCCAGCAUCAGUGUGUCUGUGGAGGUCAACGGCAUGGUCUACUCAGGGAUGCUGUUCGCUCAGAAGUCUGGAGCGGCGCCCCCUGCUGCCUUCGGUGGAGGAGGCUUUGCGUUCCCUUCCUCUGCCCACAGCCCUAGCCUGUCUUCUUCAAAGGGCCCCAGUCCUGCGGAGCCCUCUACCAGUGGCUCUCCCUAAUUAUAUGGCCACUCCCCCUUCCCGUGGCCCCUCCCCCCACUUGGCCCAACAGGGACACACUGCCCAUUCUUCAGUGGCUCUGAUGGGGAUACCAGGGACUAACUGUAGCACAACAAAUACCUCAUCGCUCCUGUCGACCUCGACUGUACACAGACAGCGACACAUGAACACAAUGGAUAAAACGCAGCACAAUCAAACAGUACAGUCAGAAAUCACCGGCAGGUGCCCACAGCUGAACUUGAAGAUGUUUAUUUCAGACUUUACUGUUCAUUGCCACUUACCUUUUAUGAUUUGUAUUUUUAGUACUUUCUCUUGCAUACCUCAGAUCAAGAAGUCUGCUUUGGUUGAAUUAUACAGGUAUCUGUAGUGUACUGUAGCCGAAGUAAGUUUAUUUUAUAUACAUGAUAAUUUUGUUGAUCAGGUUUUUUUUUUUUUUUUAGGUUUGUAGAACUAAAGCCUUGUAAGAACGUUUCUAUGCAUGGUUAGGGCCCCUGUUUGCUGUGGUUCUUCCUAGGCUGGACUGAGUGGCUGAGAUAAGCUGGCUGCCUUGAAGGACCUUCGGAGAUGUUUCAGUUCUCCUGUAGUCCUCCUUCCAAAGAACCUCUGUGAAUCAGCCUGCUCUGUUCGUGGGGGCUCACAAUUGAGGGCUUCUUGUUUUGCUUUGCUCACUUUUUAAAAUAACAUGGAGAUGAUGUUUACUGGUCCUUAGUCCCUGCUGGUAGCAACUUCUGAUUGGAGCAAUGUGAAUAGUAUGGGUUUGGAUGAGAGUUUGGGUGAUCUAAAGCUUUAGCAUCUGAUUGGUGGUUCUCUGGCACCGUUCUCCACCUUCACAAUGUCCGUACAGCAUUGGUUUCCAUCUUGUAGGUGCAUUGGGACCAGUGGUGGUCUACUCUACAGACCACUCCUAUAGCCCUGAAAGUAGAAGGGGCGUAUUUUACUAAGACAUCAGGACAACGUAUAUAAUGUUUUAAAUUUUUUUUCUUGUGAAAUGCAUUUUAGUUUUCAAGCCUCACAUUUGUCUUUCCAUAUUGGAAAGAGUCUUUCUCAGGAAUGGCAGACUUCCCGCGUUGCUUGAUCGAAGAAUGGAUCCGUAACCAAAGACGCUCUCAGCUCCUCAGGAUGGCUUUAAGGUCACAUGGUUUGGAGAAUAUGCUGGUUAGCUUGGCUUACUGUCAUGGCUCUGGCCUGAUCAGCUACUCCGCUCAAGUCUGUUGUGUUGACCUACGAAGAGGUUCCACGCUAACUGACCUGACUUGUCGUAUCCUUGCCAGGCAGCAAUGUCUUGAACGUGAUAUUUUGUUCUCAUUUAAAAUAUUUACCAGGUGUACAUUAGGCAUCGCCUGUCUGAUUAGCCUCAUUUCGUUUGACUCCGAUCGCUGUAGAGCUGUAUACCAAAGACCUGGUGAACUGAGCUGCAUGUUGUCCACCACCCACCCGCAGGCUGCUCUCCUUAUUUGCGGUGGAAAUGGAGGGGGUCACGUUGGAUACCCCCGACUGCUGUCGCAUGGCUCCGGGGGCCGGUUUGUGUCUCGUUUUGGCAUCGUUGACCCGACCGAUGGAUCCAUUACAAAAAAAAAUUGACGUUCACGCUCCAUUACUGUCAGAUCAAGGUCAGAUUCCAUCCCCCUUUUGAAGGCUGUGGGGUCUGCUGUCGUGUGUCUCUGCCUUUGCCUGAUCUUGGGCCCAUGAAGAGGUCCUCGUAUCUCCACCUCAGGUCGAACAGCAAAGUUUAUUAUACUCUAGCCAUUUGGGGAAUAUACAGAAUGAGAGAACCACCAUUUGCCAAUUAGUACUUAUCACUGAUAUAUCUUCCUUGCAUACAUUGUCAUGUGACUGUAAUCAGCUUCUUUCACAUGGAUGUUUUUGGCUUUUAACGUACCUCAUGAGAACUUGCCUUAUGGUGGUUUUUAGCUUGUGUUGAGUAAGCUGGCAGAUUCCUAGUGCAUCGUGCCUCCUGGAAUCUGGAUUGUUUUUGUUCGCUUUGGACUACUUGCAUGUAGGAUUGUAAUUGUUCCAGUAGAACAAUGGCAGGUUUGAGGUUGUGGGUGGGAGUGGCGGGGGUCCACAAAGAAAAUGACAGAAAUGUAGCUACUGCCUUAAAUUCUCACCCGUGUUACAUUGAUGAUUUGCCUCUCUUUUAAAAAUAGAUUUUAAGAUAUUUUAAUCGAUGAUUCAUCCUUCUUCUUGUUGGAGACAUUACGAAGAGCUCAUUUCUUUUAACUACUGGGGGUAUAAAAGGAAGUCACUGAGGACGGUUGAUAUGUCACCACAUCCUUGGUAGAUACUACUAGUGUACAUCCCCCACUCCCACUCUGCAACCAUGUCUC